CCGAGAGGAGGGAGGAGGAGGAGGAGGUGGUGGAGGAGGCGCCGGACCCAGGGGGAUAGAUUCCCAGAAGUGGGAUUACUGGAUCAGAGGGUGGUUACCCUGUAUAAGAAUGUGUGUCUCACUGCACCUUCAAUGGCUUUGAGUAGGUUUAAAAACUUCAUUCUUUGUGAAUUGUGGUUCCCAGAGAAAGCCAGUGUUUAAUGCUGUAUUUACAGAUUUAGAUUGUCAGUAUUUAAACAGACCACAUCAUGCGUGAGUACAAGCUAGUGGUCCUUGGUUCAGGAGGCGUGGGGAAGUCUGCUCUGACAGUUCAGUUUGUUCAGGGAAUUUUUGUUGAAAAAUAUGACCCAACGAUAGAGGAUUCCUACAGAAAGCAAGUUGAAGUAGAUUGCCAACAGUGUAUGCUGGAAAUCCUGGACACAGCAGGAACAGAGCAGUUUACAGCCAUGAGGGAUUUGUAUAUGAAGAAUGGCCAAGGGUUUGCACUAGUGUAUUCUAUUACAGCUCAGUCCACAUUUAAUGACUUACAGGACUUGAGGGAACAGAUUUUACGGGUUAAGGAUACAGAAGAUGUUCCAAUGAUUUUGGUUGGCAAUAAAUGUGACCUGGAAGAUGAGCGAGUAGUUGGCAAAGAACAGGGCCAGAAUUUAGCAAGACAGUGGUGUAACUGUGCCUUUUUAGAAUCUUCUGCAAAGUCAAAGAUCAACGUUAAUGAGAUAUUUUAUGACCUGGUCAGACAGAUAAAUAGAAAAACACCAGUGGAAAAGAAGAAGCCUAAAAAGAAAUCAUGUCUGCUGCUCUAGACCCGAAGUCAGCAGCAGCUCUGAGCCAGAUUACAGGAAUGAAGAACUGUUGCCUACUUGGAAAGUGCCAGCAUUCCAGACUUCAAAAAAAUAAAUCUGAAGAGGCUUCUCCUGUUUUAUAUAUUAUGUGAAGAAUUUAGAUCUUAUGUUGGUUUGCACAAGUUCCCUGGAGAGAAAAAAAAUUGCUCUGUGUAUAUCUCUUGGAAAAUAAGACAAUAGCAUUUCUCCUUUGCAAUAGCAGUUAUAACAGAUGUGAAAAUAAAUAUACUUGACUCUAAUAUGAUUAUACAAAAGAGCAUGGAUGCAUUUCAAAUGUUAGAUAUUGCUACUAUAAUCAAUGAUUUCAUAUUGACCUUUUUAUCAUGAUUCCUCCCUGUUAAGCACUAAAAAGUUGAACCAUUAUACUUUAUAUCUGUAAUGAUAUAAUCAAUUAUGAAAAUUCCCCUCAAACUCAUUGCAGCAGAUAACUUUUUUGAGUCAUUGACUUCAUUUUAUAUUUAAAAAAUUAUGAGAUAUCAUCUGUCAUUAUAUUCUAAUUAAAAUUGUGCAUAAUGCUUUGGAAAAAUGGGUCUUUUAUAGGAAAAACUGGGAUAACUGAUUUCUAUAGCUUUCAAAGCUAAAAUAUAUAAUAUACUAAACCAACUCUAAUAUGGCUUCUUGUGUUUUACUGUCAGAUUAAAUUACAGCUUUUAUGGAUGAUUAAAUUUUAGUACAUUUUCAUUUGGUUCGUGUGUUUUUGUUACUGUUUAUAGAUUUAAGGCCUUUAUUUUAUAAUGACCACAUUGUUUUAAAUGCGACAGUAGCUCCUUUCUGCCUGGUAUCUGCAGAAUUCUUGGCUUUAAACUAUACUAACUGGUAAUUUCUGUAGGAACAGACCUCCUACUUCCUGUUCCAGAUAAUAUUUAUUCCUACUAUACAGUAAAAUACAUCAGACUACAUAGAAUAGUUUUGUAUAUUCUCUCUCGAUCUUAAACAUUGUAUCUUACUGAAUAAAAUAUCCCACUGUGUAUUAUUUUUAUAUGUAAAGAGAUACGUUUAAUACUGUAUCAGGGUUUAACUUUUACUAUUUCAAAUCUUCCACAGCUUGUAAUUUUAUUAAGGAAAUCCUUUUGCCAUUGUUAAUUUGUUGGGUGUGGGUCCACCAAUGAAGUGUUAUGUAAAAGCUUUCAAACUUGCUUUAUAAUAAAUUGAAGAUUUUGAGAGAAGUAAGUGAAAGUUAAAACACAUAGAAAGAAUGUGUUAAUUACUUUUGCUUUGACUAUAUAUGAAGUAGUAUAGUAGUAGUAAUAUGAAAAGGAUUGCUAAGUUAAAAUUUUAGCUGGCUAUAUAGUGGUGCUUUUCUUUUCCUUCCCAGUUAUUUCCAUUUUUAGAAAAGAUAGGGCUUAAGUAGGGCAUGGACCCAGGGUGAUGUUAAUUAUGUGUUCUCCAUAAAGAAAGGUAGAGCCAACAGCUUCUUAGCCAGUUAAGUACUGGAGAAGGAAAGAAACAAGCUUAGGAAGCCUGUGCCUUGUCCCUGAAUAUCAAGGAGGAGAUCAGUCCUAGAAAGUCUAAAUCAUUGCUCAGGGAUCUAGAUACUGUCUCAUUGCAACUAGGUGUGAAAAAAUGUUCAUACCUUGCUGUGAUUUUCCAGGAGUGUGGUCAGCCCAUUAGUUACUGAAUUGACAUUUAAAAGUCAGCUUUCAAAUGUAAGUUCUUUCCAGCCUGAGAAAAUGUUAAAAAUAUUGUUUUUAAAAAUUGGAAAUUGUAUUUUUUUGAGUUUCUAAUAAACUUAGUUACCUAAUGACACUUCCCUUCUGCUGAUCCAGUUAUGCAUAUGUCCGUGAUUGAGGGACAAAAAAUAUAUAAUACAUCUUUAAAAUAAGUGAAACAUUAGGGCCAGUUUGUUCAGGUCAGUGAGGUUUGUUCAUUUGUUUUUGUUUUUGUUUUUGAAAUGCGGUUUUACUAUAUUGUCCAGACUGUCUUCAAAUUCUUGGACUCAAGCAAUUCAACCUGCCAAGAAACUGGGACUACAGAUGUGCAUCAUAUUCCCAGCUUAGAGACAUACUCUUAUUUUAAGGUCCUCUUUAGUUCUACUUUAAAGUACCUCUCAAACAUUUUCAUGUACAAACCAGAGAACUUUCUAAAUACUAUCUUGUUACAUAGGUUGUAUAGUUAUUUGUUACAUUAAAUACAAAUCAUUAAAUAAGUCUUAAGUUUCAGUCGGCUUGACAAAUAGCAUAAAUUCACUGUCCUCUUAUUUAGAAUGUAGUGGAGAAAGAUGAUUGUUACUGGAUUCUUUGUCACAUCUUAUACAGUCCACUUGGGUUAAAGGUGGAAUUACCAUGAAAAGGUGCCUUUUUGGCACACUGGUGUGUGUGCAGAGCAAGACCAGCUGAAAUCAGAGCUGUGCAGUGGUUAUCAAGAAAAUUCGAGCAAGCUGGAAAGGUAUCCUAUUAGUACAUGAGAAAGGUAUGUUUCUGUAUUGUCCCUAUGUGAACUCCUUAGUCUUGGUUCCAGUGGAAAGAUAUAUUUUUAUAACUGAAAAAUCAAGAGUCUAGAGUAUUACACGAAUCUCCUGUGAUAAAUAUCCAGGAACUGAAAGAAUCCAUAUUAGUGUUUGAGGCUAUUUAAGGUAUAAUAGCUUUGGUUAUAUGAGUGACAUAUAAUUUAAAGAUGGUUUGAUGCCACAUUUAAUAGUUUGCUGUUUUCAACUAAAAACAAAACUUUAAUGGCUUGUUAGUGCUCCCAAUCUAGGGUUAGAAAUUAAGUGAAUAUAUAAUCUAACUAUAAUCUUUCCCUCCACCAGGGGGAGCCUCAGUAUCAGUUAACACUGCUACAGGCAUUGCAAGUAUUCAAGCCAUCUCUUCUGUGUACACUGCAUUCCUCACAGUCAUCUAGGCUCCCUCAAGAGUUUACAAUCUAGUUGGGCAGGAAAGAUACACAAAGCAAAUUCAUCAAAGAUAUGGAUAACAGUAACUUACUGAACUGUGGCCACUUGAGUCCUCUCAAGAAUGGAGAAAUGUAGAUGUUGAUGUGUUACCUGCUUCUCCCACAACUCUGAACUCCUAUCUGUUUGGCACAUUGAUCUGCCACCACCAAUGGCUAUCUUUCACUCCUCAGUGAAGCAAUCCAAUUCUUUUAAAGUUAAUAUACUUGGAAACUUAAUAUUUAGGGAAAAUAUCCUUAUUUUAUUACCAAAUUUAUUAAAACAGGUAACUUGGUAUACAGUUAUUCUCUGCAUAUGAAUAAUAAGGAAGCAUUCUGCCUAGCCAAUUUAAAAUAUUUUGCCUCUUUCUCCUCAUAGGGGUGUGGUGUGUAUGUGUGUGUGUGUGUGUGUGAAUUCAUAUGCCUGAGUUUUAGGAACUAAGGGACAGAAAGAGAAUUAAGGAAUACCAUACCACGGUAUUUUCCUUUCUAAGCAAUCUUAGUAAGCUGUUAGAAGUCAUAAAAUAUGCUCUUAUAAAUUGUAUGUCUGUUAAAACCAAAGUGCAAAGAAAUUGUCAGGUAAUGUGAAGGAGAAAAAUAAUUUGUAAAAUAACCUUUUCUUUAGGUCUUAUACUUAUUUAAGUGCUAAAUAUGUGUUAAAAUAGCCCCACUUGAAUUAGCUCCAAACUUAAAAAGGCAGAAUGGUUUAGGUGCUUUUUCAGGAUAUGGAAAGAGCCAAUCUUGUAGGGAGGGAAAUGAUUGUGAGCCUUGAGGUAGACUAACCACCUAGCUAUUAUUAGCAUGUGUAGUCUUCAGAAAUGUAAAUAUUGAAGCCAGGCUUGGUGGCACAUGCUUGUAAUCCCAGUUACUAGAGGGGCUGAGGCAGGAGGAUCACCAAGUUGAAGACCAGCCUCAGCACCUAGUAAGACCCUACCUCAAAAAAAAAAAAGAGCUGGGGUUGUGGCUUAAUGGUAGAAUACUUGCCCUACAUGUGUGAGACCCUGGAUCCAUCCCCAGUACUAGAAGAAAAAAAAAAAGUAAAAAUUGAAAGUUACUCCUGAAAAUGUAGGACAGAUACUAUGUUGAUCAU